AUGGCUCCGUUAAGUCAUGAGCUUGCUGGUUUAAUAUUGCCUCAUGAGCAUUAUGGAUCGCAUUUAGAUUGUUACGGUAAAACUGUAGAUAAAGAUUUGGAAGAAAAAAAUUUUGAAUAUGCAGGUACAACUUUACCUAGUAUUUGGAAUUCGUUAAAAGUUGAUGGUUAUGAUGUAAAUUCAGAGUAUAUUGCACCAAAAGAAGAUGAUAGUAAUAAUGCACAAAUAUUGAUUGACGAUUGGUACUAUGAACAUGUUCGUGAAUCACAAUACUUGUUGCAAAUUUUGAAAUGCUCAAAUGAAGACUGCUGUGGUCAAACUAGAAGUAGUUUGAGAAGUUUACUUCCGAACGGAUUUUUGCCUCCACCAAUAAAAUUACAACAAACUCAGAACGGAUUAAGGGUAUCGCAAGUGAACUCUGAUGAUGGUACAUAUCUUAACCUAUUUGCUCGUCUUGCAGUGAAACUUCAGCCUGAAGCUGCAGAUUUUCAACAAAUUCCUUACGAUUGGUUUUGUCCGUCAGUUCACGAUAAAUUGGCAAGUAGGACAUGCAAAGAAUGUGGCAUAUAUCACACGUCUAAUAAAACCUUACUACAGCAUUUAAAAAAUUUACAUCCAAAACGGAAAAAAAAAGAUGAAGUAGUUCGACGUAUACAACCAACUCGCAUCGCAGCUCGACGAGCUCGAGAGCUGUUAUGCAUAUUAGGAGAUGAAAAAGCUGGUACAGAAAAUGCAGAAUGGAUAGAUGACGAUGAAGUGGACGGUAGUUUUGAAAAUGAAGAAGAAGAUGUUGCAUACCGAUUAUAG